AUGAGUUUAUUAAUGUUUAUAUUCAAAUCAAUUAGAUGUUUUACUGAUGAUCAUGUAACUUUUAUUGCACAACAAUUGGGAGAAUCAACAAGUAAUUCUUUAUUGAAUGCAAUUUAUAGGAAAGUGUUGAGAAUGAGUAAUAGUUCUAAACAUGAAUAUUCUACUGGUUCUGUUAUGAAUAUUGCAACAACAGAUGCAUCUAGAUUUCCAUGGUUUUAUUAUUAUAUUGAAACUGUCAUUGCAUCAAUGAUGACAUUUGCUGCUUGUUUGUGGUUUUCAUGUAAUUUAUUGGGAAUUUCAGCAUUGUUUGGAUUUUCAAUUAUUUUAAUACUUGUUCUUCCACUCUCAGCUGCAUGUAUGAUUUGGGAACAGAAAAUUGAGGAAAUUAUUGAGGCAAAUCAGGAUGAAAGAAGUCAAAUUAUUUCACAAAUGGUCUAUGCAAUGAGAUUUGUUAAAUUUUAUACAAUGGAAAAAUUAUUCAAGAGGAAAAUUAUGAAUAUCAGGGAGGUGGAAAUGAAAAAUAUCAAGAAGGGUUAUAUUUCAGAUUCUGGAAUGAGUGUAUUGUGGAAUGCAUUUGCUCCAAUGAUUUCAUUUGUUAGUUUUUUACAUUUUUGUUAUGUGAAAGGUGAAACUUUGAGUGUGAGCACAUCAUUCUCAUUUCUAAGUGCACUCGAUAUGAUUAGAUAUGAGGUUAUCUAUGUACCUGAUUCAUUGCUGAAUAUUUCGAGAGCUUGUACAAGCUUUAAGAGAAUUAUCAAAUUACUCAGCUCUGAAGAAAUUUCAGAAUCGUCCACCGAUUCUAAUAAUAAGGAAAUGGAAAAUCAGAAGAUUCUGGAGAAGGAUUUGGUUGCAGAGUAUGCCAAUGCUUCAUUUACAUGGGAUUCUCUAAAGUGCGAAUCAUCACCAACAAUAACUUUGAAGGAAAUUAAUCUUAAAAUUAAGAAGGGUGAAUUUGUUUGUAUUAUUGGAAGAGUUGGUCAAUCGAAAUCAUCUUUAUUGUCCUCCUUGUUGGGAGAAAUGAAUUUCAUUGAAUCUCAAGAUUCAUUCUUUGAAAAAGAUUCUAAUCUGAAAUAUUCCUAUGUUGCUCAAGAUUCUUGGAUUAGAAACCAAACUAUUCGUGAGAAUAUUCUAUUUGGAGAAGAAUUUGAUAAGGAAAGAUAUCAACAAGUUCUCCAUGCUUGUAAUUUGGAACCUGAUCUUCAACAAAUAUCAAAAGAAAUUGGAGACAUGACAAUGAUUGGAGAGAGUGGAAUUAAUUUAUCAGGAGGUCAAAAGCUGAGAAUUUCAUUGGCCAGAUGUUUCUACUCAAAUGCAGAUGUAUUCUUAUUGGAUGAUCCAUUGUCAGCAGUUGAUGUUCAUACAGCUGAUCAUAUUAUGAAAUAUGGAAUUUAUGGAUUCUUGAAGGGAAAGACAACUCUAAUGGUCACUAAUCAAAUUCACUUUAUUGAUAAGGCUGAUAGAAUUUUAGUGAUGGAUCAAGGUAGAAUUGUUCAACAAGGAACUUUUACAGAGCUCUAUCAAGAAGAUUUGAAUUUUAAAAAUCUAAUUGAUGAAUUUUCAUCCAACAAUAAGAAUAAUCAACAGGAAGAAAGAGAUUUAUUCGAUGAAGAGGAAGAGAAUAUCGAGAAUCAAACUUCAAUUGAAUUGAUUUCACAUGAAUCCCUUGAAGAAUAUUCCAAAAUAGAAGAAGAACAACGUAAGAAUCCAUCCACACUUGAUAGUAUGAAGAGAUUAUUCAAAUUUGCAGUUGGUAAUAGCAAAUUCAUGUUUGCUCUCAUUUGUUUCUGUGCCAUUAUUCAACAAUUGGUAACAGUUGGUCAUCAAUAUGUAUUGAGCUUGUGGUCAAAUGAUAGUGAAUAUCAAAGCUUUACACUGUUGACUUAUUUACUUGCCUAUUUGGGUACUUCUUUGAUUUACAUUGUGGCAGAUAUUAGUUCUGGAUUUCUUUGCCUCAUUCACUUUUUGAAUACUGCCAAACUAUUACAUGAGAAAUUAAUGACUAGUAUCAUUCAUUCAUGUAUUGCAUUCUUUGAUUCAACACCUGUUGGAAGAAUAAUUGCCAGAUUCACACGUGAUACCAAUUCGAUAGAUACUGAUCUUAAUAAGAACUUGGCACAAUUGAUUCCAUACUUUUUCUUCUGGAUUGGUGGUAUUAUUACUGUAAUGAUCAUGUCACCCUAUUCAAUUAUUCCAGUAGUCAUUCUGUCACCUGUUAUAUUUUUCGUGCAGAGUUAUUAUAGAGUUUCACUGAGAGAAAUUGAACUAUUGGCAGGGGUUUAUUCUUCACCAGUUAAUUCACAACUAUCUGAAACUAUUCAUGGUCUUCAAACUAUUCGUGCCUUUGGAAAACAAAAUUUACUUGUUGAAAGUUUUAUUGAAAAGGCAGAAACACAAGCAAGAGUUUCGUAUAAUUCUCAUUGUUUGAGCGCUUACUUUAAUAUGAGAAAUGAGGUUGUAUUUGCUCUGUGUGUAUCACUCAUCAUUAUUUCUAGUGUGUUGAGUUUUAGUGGAUCAUUGGUUGGUGUGAUUAUUCUUCAAGCAACAUUGAGUUUUGAUUCACUCUAUUAUAUUUCAUACCUUUUUGUAAUGAUUGAAAAGUAUAUUGUUUCAGUUGAGAGAAUUGAACAAUAUUCUGAAUUAGAAAGUGAAAAAUAUGAACCUAAUGUUCAAGUUGACAUGAAAGAAUUUGGAAAUGGAGGUCAAAUUGAAAUGAAAAAUGUUUGUAUGAGAUAUAAGAAACAUACAUUCGAAACUGAACCAGCUGAACAAAACAAAUUAGUCCUCAAAGGAAUUAAUUUAAAAAUCAAUGCAAAAGAAAGAGUGAGCAUUUGUGGAAGAACAGGCUCAGGAAAAUCCAGUUUAAUUCAAUCACUAAUGAGAAUGCAAGAAAUUGAACAAGAAUCCACCAUUCUCAUUGAUGGUAUUGAUAUUAGAAAUGUACCACUUGAAACACUGAGAAGUACCAUGUGUAUCAUUCCACAACAACCAACUCUAUUUAAAGGAACUCUUCGUGAGAAUCUUGACAGUUAUUCACAAUAUACAGAUAGAGAAUUAUGGGAUGCUUUAGAAAAAGUUGGAAUGAAAGAUAAAUUGGAUCAAUUACAAUCAUUAGAUGAUGAAGAUGAAGAAAAAUCAGAAAAAGAAGUAAUAACCAUCAAGCCAACUGGUCUAGAAACUGAAAUAUCAGAAAAUGGUGAAAACAUUUCAGCAGGUACGAGACAAUUAUUGUGUCUUGCUAGAGCUCUGAUAAGAAAGAGCAAAAUUUUGAUAUUGGAUGAGGCUACUGCACUGUGUGAUUUGGAAACUGAUAAACUCAUUCAGAAAACAUUGAGAGAAGAGUUCUCAUCAAAUUGCACAGUGAUUUGUGUAGCUCACAGAUUGGAAACAAUAUUAGAUUAUGAUAAGAUUGUUGUAAUAGAUGAUGGAUUAGUGAGAGAAAUUGGAAGUCCAUCUGAAUUAUUGGCAGAUUCCUCCUCCCUCUUCUAUCAAAUGGUUGAAAAACACAACAAGAGAAAAUAA